GUCGACUGAUCAGGUUGAAGGACAAACGUAGAGUGAAGUUUUUUUUUAUUUAAUGUAACUUGGUUCAUGGCAUACUUUCAUAGCGCAACGCUUACUUCUAUCAAUCCCUUUACCUAAAAGUACCUUCCCGCACAGAAGGGCUGAUUUGCGUCAAAAAUACGCAUAUUUGAGUAUUUUUAUUUUUCUGUGCACAUAAUUCAGCAGUAAACUUUCAGCGUGCAUGCCAUGACAUGUUUUUGUUUACUAGCUCGAGUCGGCAAUAAUUUGGUAAAGCCGGAACAAGUUUGAAAAACACACAUAAUCACGUAAAAUUCCAAACGUUACUUUGUUUCGUGAGCUAGGUGAGCGAGCGAAAUGAAGGAGUUUAGCCAAAUAAAGGUGGAAGAGUUCACUUCAAUAAAGGUAGAAGAACUUAUAAUAUCCGACGUUGUGGCUACGGAUAACGAAACUCUGCACGCCAGCAGCGAUCGGUGCUUCGAAGAACCGACUGUUACAAACGCCCUGAGGAAACAAUCUACUGAUGUGGAACAAAACUCUGUGACGGAUAUCACCGAUGAAAUUAGGACUAAGGCAGCUUGUGAUGAAAUUGCAGCUUGUAGCUCCAGAGACUUAAACAGCUCAGCCGAUGUUGGUGAUCAACCGCGGAAAAAGUACGUUUGCGAAUUUUGCAACAAGGAAUUAAGCACAAAGUCUAGCUUGGCGGGCCAUAGAAGAACUCACACCGGGGAACGACCUUUUGCGUGUGAUAUCUGCAACGAAACAUUCAACACAGCUCAACGUCUGCGGUACCAUAGGAGUACUCAUACGAGGGACCGGAAGUUUAAGUGUGACAUAUGCGAGCAACGAUUCCCACUUAAAUCACGUCUUGCGUCGCACAUGAAAAUACACCGCUCAGAUUGCCUCCAUAGGUGUUUAAUUUGCGAUGAAAGAUUCCCAGAUACCGAUAGUCUUGCAAGCCAUAUGGUUCGUCACAGUAAUGAGCGACCCUUCAAAUGCGAUGUGUGUGACAAAUCAUACAAGAGAUCUCAAACUUUAAAGCAUCAUAUCUGCAAAUUCUACGAUCCCUCCACAAGCAACUCGAAAGGUUCGAAAACGCGCAAAACCGGUGUUGGUGAUCAACCACCGAAAAAGUAUGUUUGUGAAAUCUGCAGCAAGGAAUAUAGCUCAAAAUACAUCUUGGAGGAUCAUAGAAGAAUACACACCGGGGAACGACCCUUCGCUUGUGAUCUUUGCAACAAUACAUUCCGCACAGCUGUACGUUUAUACUACCAUAAGAAAACGCACACUGGAGACAGGAAUUUCAAGUGUGACAUAUGCAAACAACGUUUUAGCCUUAAAGCAAGUUUGUCGGCCCACAUGAAUACACAUCGCACAGAUUGCCCUCAUGAAUGUCGGAUUUGCCAUAAAACAUUCGUAAGUAAUUACAAUCUACUAGAACAUAUGCGCACUCACAGCGAUGCGCGACCCUUCAAAUGCGACAUCUGUGACGCAACGUACAAGAGACGUCAUGGUUUGAAAGAUCAUAUGAAAAUCCACAAGGUCGAGCCAUCCCCAGACAACGUAGAAGCUUUGGAGCCGAUUCGAGCUGGUGCCAGCCAAAGCAAAGAAUCAGUGAAAUAUACCUGCGAUAUAUGUGGCAAGCAGUACAAACAAAUGAUGGCACUUAAACUACACCUGAAAUUUCAUGAGAGCACCUCUGUGAGUUCUGAGAUUAAAACCCGCAACACAAAGUUACACGAGUGUGCGAUUUGUGGAAAAACAAAUCCGAGUAGAGCAUUGCUGAUAAGGCACAUGUUGUGUCACACGGAAGAACGACCUUUUAAUUGUGAUAUUUGCGGUUCAUCAUAUAAGUCAGCGUAUGAAGUUGUAGUUCAUAAGAAAACGCACAGCUCCGAGAGACCGUAUAAAUGCGAAAUUUGCGGAAAAGGGUUUAUUGCUCAUCACAAGCUCAAGCGGCACUUGUUUUGCCAUACUAAUGAACGGCCUUUCAAAUGCGAUAUUUGCGGUCUAUCGUUGAGAUCAGAAUAUAAUCUAAGAAAUCAUAAACGAACGCAUAAUUCCAAUCGUGAAGGGUUCACAUCCGAGGCAAACCUCGUGACGCAUGUGAGUGCGUCUGAAGAACAACUUUUUAAUUGUGAUAUCUGCGGUUCAUCGUAUAAAACAGCGAUAAAUUUGAGAAAACAUAAGCAAAAGCACACCUGGGAGAGCCCGUAUAAAUGCGAAAUUUGCGACAGACGAUUUACAUUUGCUUACAGACUAUCACAGCACAUGCUUUGCCAUACCAAUGAACGGCCGUUUCAAUGCAACAGUUGCGGCUCAUCGUUCAAGUCGAUUUAUAAUCUACAAAAUCAUGAAAAAAGGGUACGAUGCACGAGAAAACGGAAAAGCACCUAA